AUGACAAGUCUUUACUCAACUGUCGAUGAAGUUAUGGGUAAAACACCGACUGACUUUGGAAGUCUCGAGCAGGAAAAAAGUAUAGUUUACAACUGUUGGUAUCUAAUGGAUAUGGAUAUUGAUAUACAAGUUCUCGCACGACACUUUGAUUUGAUCCUUAAUUCCCAACCGAACGCAUUAAGAGAUGAUUUAUUAGAAAUAGGAGCAGGUGGAGUCUGUGAAAAGGCGUAUUUAUGGAGGUAA